UCACUGUGAAAUGAUAUCACAAUGGCAAAGCAGAGUUUUUUGUAAUUAUACAAUAAUUGAAAAGGUUUUGAAUUAAAAGUUUAAAAAAUCAACUCAAAAUGAGACUUCAACGGGCGCUGGCUGCCUAUGAAAAUGUCAACGUUAUGCGCCUAUUGCCCAAAACAAUUAAACGUGCACUGAGUUCCUCAGUAAAAGCUGUUAAGUCAGCGCCAAGAGAAACAUUUGUGGAACGAGUCUCUGCAGGUCCUGGUUUAAAAGAGUUUCUAAAUGUUAAAGCUGUUUCAAAGUUUAAGACAGCUGCCCAAGAAGAGGAAAUUAUUCCAUAUCUACCUUUAGACAGCUACAAUGGAAAAGGACGUCGAGUGUUUUUUGAAGUCUAUGGCUGUCAAAUGAAUACCAAUGACACAGAAGUAGUGCUCUCCAUUCUCACUGCAAACGGCUAUGUGAAGUGCGACGAUAUAAAACAGGCAGAUGUUAUCAUGAUAGUCACCUGUGCUGUACGCGAAGGAGCCGAAACGAAAAUAUGGAAUCGUCUUAACCACUUAAAAGCCAUGAAGGAGAAGAGAUCCUCGAAAAAAGGACCACUGCAGAUUACAGUUUUGGGUUGUAUGGCCGAGCGUUUAAAACAAAGGCUUUUGGAAAAGGAAAAGUGUGUUGACGUGGUGGCUGGCCCUGAUAGUUACAAAGAUCUGCCAAGGCUUUUGGCCAUAUCACGGCAUUACCAGCAGUCAGCCAUUAAUGUGCUCUUGAGUCUUGACGAAACCUAUGCAGAUGUUAUGCCUGUAAGACUCAACUCAGAAUCACCUACAGCAUUCGUAUCAAUUAUGAGAGGCUGUGAUAAUAUGUGUACUUAUUGUAUAGUACCAUUUACCAGAGGUAGAGAACGCUCCAGGGAUUUAGAAUCAAUAAAACAAGAAGUAAUAGCACUGAGGGAAAAUGGCAUCAAGGAAGUUACGCUAUUGGGUCAAAAUGUAAACAGUUAUAGAGACACCUCCAAGGAGACAGCAACAGCCGAAAAUGUGUCUACAGUGCCGGGCUUUAAGACUGUGUAUAAGCCAAAAAUUGGAGGUUUGCCCUUUUCAACACUACUGCAGGAAGUAGCAAAAGCAGUACCAGAUGUCAGAAUACGUUUUACAUCGCCCCAUCCUAAAGAUUUUUCCGAAGAUGUCCUCAGGGUAAUUCGUGACUAUCCAAACGUAUGUAAAAAUCUACAUUUACCAGCCCAAUCAGGCUCAAAUACUGUAUUGGAGCGUAUGCGCCGAGGAUAUACCAGAGAGGCCUACCUUGAAUUAGUGGACACUAUACGUCUUUAUUUGCCAAAUGUUGGUCUUUCAAGUGACUUUAUUUGUGGUUUCUGCGGUGAAACUGACCAUGAAUUCCAGGACACUGUAACACUUAUUGAGCAAGUGCAAUAUAAUGUUGCCUUUUUGUUUGCCUACAGCAUGAGGGAAAAAACUACAGCUUACCGCAAAUAUAAAGACGACGUGCCGCAAGAAGUAAAAAGCCAAAGACUACAAAGAAUGGUUAAAGCUUUCCGUGAUGGAGCCACAGAACUCCAUCGACAAUAUGAAGGGCGUAAAGAGCUGAUAUUAAUCGAAGGCAAAAGCAAACGUUCGGAUGAUUUUGUUUUUGGCAGAAAUGAUGCCAACAUUAAGGUAAUAGUCCCAUUUCAAACAUUGCCGAAAGGUAAAAAUGGUACGACAUCAUCGAAGCGACAUAUUGAACUUGGCGAUUUUGUUGUAGCUAAAAUUUUGGAAUCCAAUUCACAGGUUCUAAAAGGAGAACCUUUAUACCUAAGUUCAAUAGAAGAUUUUUACUCAAAUGUAUAAAUUAUAUACACAAAAAUUGAUUUUAGAAAAAAUAA